CCCCCGGCAACGGCUCGGAACCGUUCCCCCGGCAACGCGCGGCGGGCGCAGUCCCCACAGCCAUGGACCCGCUGUCCGGCGCCGGGCCUCGCCGGGCUCGCGGCCGCCUGGGCGCGGCGUCCCCCGGAGCGCGGGCUGCGGCGGCGCCCUGGGCGCGCUUCUCGGCCUGGCUGGAGUGCGUGUGCGUGGUCACCUUCGACCUGGAGCUGGGCCAGGCGCUCGAGCUGGUGUACCCCAGUGACUUCCGGCUCACGGACAAGGAGGUGGGUCCUGGCCCUCCUGGGAGCAGACGUGGCCCUGAAUUGAGCCAGCCCUCACCCGGUUUCCUGUGUUUCAGAAAAGCAGCAUCUGCUACCUGUCCUUCCCUGACUCCCACUCAGGCUGCCUCGGAGACACUCAGUUCAGCUUCCGCAUUCGGCAGUGUGGCAGACAGAAGAGUCCAUGGCAUGCCGAGGACUGGCACUACAACAGUGGGGCGCCCGUGUCGUUGCAAGCAGGUGAAGGACAGCUCCGUGAAGAGGGGCUACUUCCAGAAGUCUCUGGUGCUGGUGUCCCGCCUGCCGUUUGUCCGGCUAUUCCAGGCGCUCCUGAGCCUGAUUGCCCCCGAGUACUUCGACAAGUUGGCCCCCUGCCUGGAAGCGGUGUGCAGUGAGAUUGACCAGUGGCCAGCCCCUAUGCCUGGGCAGACCCUGAACCUGCCUGUUAUGGGAGUCGUCCUCCAGCUACUCCCUUUUGCCCUCCAGGUUCACGUCCCGUCCAGGGUGGACAGGCCUGAGCACAGUCCUCCGAAGCAGUGUAGCCAUGAGAACCUGCUGCCCGCCCCUGUGGUCCUCACCAGCGUCCAUGAACUGGACCUGUUCAGGUGCUUCCAGCCUGUGCUGACCCACGUGCAGACUCUGUGGGAGCUCAUGCUCCUCGGGGAGCCCCUGGUGGUCCUGGCACCCUCGCCCGCCAUGUCCUCAGAGAUGGUGCUGGCCUUAAUCAGCUGUCUGCAGCCCCUCAAGUUCUGCUGUGACUACCGCCCCUACUUCACCAUCCAUGACAGCGAGUUCAAGGAGUUCACCACGCGCACGCAGGCCCCACCAAACGUGGUCCUGGGAGUCACAAACCCUUUCUUUAUCAAAACACUCCAGCACUGGCCCCACAUCCUCCGUGUUGGAGAGCCCAAGAUGUCAGGGGAUCUUCCUAAGCAGGUCAAGCUGAAAAAGCCCUCUAGGCUGAAGACCCUUGACACCAAGCCAGGCCUCUACACCACGUACUCGGCCCACCUCCACCGGGACAAGGCACUGCUCAAGCGGCUGCUCAAGGGGCUGCAGAAGAAGAGGCCCUGGGACACACAGACAGCACUGCUGAGAAGGCACCUCCUGGAGCUCACGCAGAGCUUCAUCAUCCCCCUGGAGCACUACAUGGCCAGCCUCAUGCCCCUGCAGAAGAGCAUCACACCCUGGAAGACUCCUCCCCAGAUCCGCCCUUUCCGCCAGGAUGACUUCCUGCGUAGCCUGGAGCACGCAGGGCCCCAGCUCACCUGCAUCCUCAAGGGCGACUGGCUGGGCCUCUACAGGCGGUUUUUCAAAUCCCCCCACUUUGACGGCUGGUACCGGCAGCGGCACAAAGAGAUGGCCCAGAAGCUGGAGGCCUUGCACCUUGAGGCUAUCUGUGAGGCGAACAUCGAGACUUGGAUGAAGGACAAGUCUGAGGUGGAGGUCGUGGACCUGGUCCUGAAACUUCGGGAGAAGCUGGUGCAGGCACAGGGCCACCAGCUCCCAGUGAAGGAGGCAGCACUGCAGCGGGCACAGCUGCACAUCGAGACCGUCAUCGGCUCUUUGCCCAAGGACCUGCAGGCUGUCCUGUGCCCUCCCUAGGACAGGGCCAAGGGGCAAGGUCCAGGGGCCUGGGUCUGGCCAAGCUUCCUUCUCCUCGGUGAGAGGUGGCCCCAGCCAGGCACGAGCUCCCGACCUGAGCUCCCCGCAGCUGCUCUCUAGCCUUGGCUGUCCCCGUCGGCACCCGUGUUGUUCCAGCAGUAAAGGUGGCAUUUGGAACCACAGCCUGGCCCCUGACUGUUGGAUCACGUGCUGGCCAGAGCCUUACCUCCCCCUGGGUCCCACCUGCCUGCUGCAGGGCCCCAAGGCUGGGAGGCGGGGCUGGCUUGGAACCCUCCCUGCUCUGGGCACAGGGCCACCCGCCCCCUGUGGUGCCCACCUGCCCAAGCCCUGGGGCCCCAGGCCUUGUAUUGGAUGUGUCCUUUAGCCCCACUAGGCCGCCCAGCCCAAGACGGAAGGAGGCAGCUGUUAGGCGGACACCUCUUCUCACAUGGCCAGCCAGCCGUCUGGCAGGGUGCGGGGGAACCAGGAUACUUGGCUGUUAUGGUCAUUGGCUGGGGUGGGGCAGAGGCCUGUUUGCGGGGCGGAGCUCUGCCCUGUAGUUUGUUGGGAGGCUGCCAGGAGGGUCUGGGGCAUCGUCCUGGGUCCCGACUCUUGGAGCACCCGGCCGGCCCCCUUCCGUGUACUCUGCCCAGUGCUGCUGCUUGUCUGACAGGCACUCGAGCUGCCUGCCUCCCGUGUGUCCAUCCACCCCCUUGCGCAGCCGGAGGGGUUUGGGACUCUAGACUUACUGGAGGCCCUCAGCUGCAGCCCUCCAUAGCUGCUGCAGCCUGGAGCAGCGGGCUCCUCUGCACGGAGCGGAAGGGCCCUCAAAGGUGCUAACCUACCCAGUGUGGCACGGUGCAGUGCUGGGCCUGGUGGAACCCAGUGGCUUAGCACAGGGUGACGGCAUCGUCAGCCCGCGGGAGGGUGGGCGUGAGGUGCGAACCCAGCGUUGUGAGCCUGCAGGUAAGUCUCCCGACCUCCAGCCCUCACCUCAGACCCCUCAUCUGAGCCGCGAGGCUGUGUGGAUGUCUGACUGGGCUCUGCCCCACGGGGCCUGAACGGGGCUCGGCCGUCUCCCUGAGUGCAGGCCCAGGGAGGUGCUACCCCUUCUCCUGAGUGGCUGCCAAGGGAGUGCUCACUGGCCGCGGCUCUCCCUGCUCUGAGCUUGGCAGGGCCGCGGGGUGCGUGGCACGGCUCUCAGAAACACCGCUUUCGACUCAUCCCCCUGACAGUGGCCUAGGACAGCCUGUCUGAACCCAGUGUGGGGCAGGGUCCGAGGGCAUGGCUGUUAAUGGAACAGAACAGAAUAGUGCCCGACGGGCAGCAGACCCAGGUUUGCAGACAAAAUCGGCUGGAGCUGGGGAGUAGGAGGCCCCAUGGUGGCCCAAGAUGCUGCUCUGGGCAGCCUGCCCUGGCUGGCUGGUGUGGAGGGGUGACCUCCUCACCCGGGAUGUGGUCUUGAAGGGGGUCUGCAAAGAUGCCAGCACCUUUCUUGUGGCUGGCUGGUGCUUGCGUGUGCCUUCUAGGGCCAGGGCCAGUCCUAGGCCCCCCGAGCGCUAUGGCUGCAAGGUGUGUGGGAGGCUUGGGAAGUUGACCUGGGUCCUGCUCACAACGGUGACCCCAGACAUCACUCUAGCUUGUGCUUGAGUGUCCAAGCACUGGGCAGCCACUUCACGCGGUUUUUGGAGGUCUGCUGCAGGGAAGGGGCAGUGAGGGGGCCUCCUCCAAGCCACCAGGGACCUUGGCCACCAUCAGUCCAGGAUGGCCCAACCAGGUUCUCCCAAUUCCCUGAGUACCACCCCCCUGGGGAUUUGAGGGCUGUGUUUUGGGCCCCAUGGCUGUCCCUCACAGCAGUUCAUCCUAAGGACCACUGUGGGCAGGAGCUCCGGGGAGGGACUCCAGGCAGGGUGGGCAGCGCAGCCCGGGGUGGAGAACCCAAGGCUGAAGUGGAGAGGUGUGAGGGAGCACGUCUCCUGGAGUGCCUGGGGCCAUGAAGGGUCCCUCUUCCUCACAGCCUAACCUCUCUGCACAGAGGUGGCCUCGGGUGGGGGCUCUGUGGGAGCCUGGCAUGAAGUCCUGCCGGCUCUGUUCUGUCCCCCACAAGCUCCCUUGUUCCCUCCUAGGAUCAGGCCAGCUCUGGUUUGGCUGAGUUUCUGGCCCCCAGCAGGCCCCCAGCAGACAGUGAGGGGGAGGGGGCAGACAGAUGAGGCCCUCCUGCCCCUGUCACCCGGAUCAGAGCCCCAAGGGCAGGAGGGCCCCCAGAAGCAGGAGCCAGCUGGUCCAAGAGGGUGUUGUGCUUGGUCGCUGAGGCCUCUUGAGGUUGGAGGGGCUGUGUGCUUGUGGCCGUGGGGGACUUGUCAGCCACACCAGGGCCAGGAAGGACAGUCCUCACCCCCGUGCUUCCUGUGCUUUAUUUAAACAUUCCCUUUUAGUCUGGGAUAGUGGCCUUCCCACAUUUCUGGUAUUAAAAUAUCCUUUAGUGAUAAUGCCUCUUUUAACUUCCUUUUUUGAUUAAAAAAAAAGUUGGCGUUCUUGUCAGACCCUGGUAGUUUUAGGGGUCCUCUGCAGUGGGGACUGGGUGGGCCUCUUGGUGUGACUGUGGUUCGGGGCUGCCGGAGGGAAGGUUUGGCCUGGUUGGUUGGGGGUGGCCAGCAGCUGAGAUGUUGGGAGGACUGAAGGACAUGCUCCUAAGGGCUUCAUCUGGUUGGAGUUCUUGAUCACUGGGGGCAGGUCUCAGGGUGGAGGGAGCUGGAGGAAGUGAACAGUCUGCGCGGGGGCGGGGGGCGGCGGCG